CUGGUUCCACUUGUGAGGAAGAAAAACUCAGACAGUCGUCGUGAGGUGAAAUGGCACAGACAGGAGUUCAGCUGCAGAAAGAAACUUUCUCUUGUUCCAUCUGUUUGGAUCUUCUCAAGGAUCCAGUGACUCUUACCUGUGGACACAGCUUCUGUAUGAACUGUAUUAAAGACCACUGGGACAAAGAGGAUAAGAAGAAGAUCUACAGCUGCCCUCAGUGUAGAAAGGCCUUCACACUGAGGCCUGAACUGAUGAAAAGCACGAUAUUAGCUAAUUUAGUGGAGGAGGAGAAGGAGACUGGACUCCCAGCUGCUCCUGCUGAUCACUGCUAUGCUGGAGCUGAAGAUGUGGCCUGUGAUUUCUGCACUGGCAGGAAACUGAAAUCUCUUAAGUCCUGUUUGGUUUGUUUGGCGUCUUACUGUGAGGAACAUCUCCAGCCUCAUUAUCAAUCACCUGCAUUUAAGAAACACAAGCUGGUGGAGCCGUCCAAGAACCUCCAGGAGAACAUCUGGCUUCUUCCUGAUGAGGUGAUGAAGAUGUUCUGCCGCACUGAUCAGUGCAUCUGUUAUCUCUGCUCUGUGGACGAACAUAAAGACCAUGACAUGGUCACACCUGCAGCAGAGAGAACGCAGAAGCAGAGAGAGAUGGACCUGAGCCUAGAAGAAAUCCAGCAGAGAGUCCAAGACAUAGACAUAGACAUGAAGGUGCUUCAACAGGACGUGAAGGCUCUCACUCUCUCUGCUGAUAAAGCAGUGGAAGACACUGACAAUACCUUCACUGAGAUGAUGCGUCUCCUGCAGAAAAGAAGCAGCAGAUCAGAUCCAAGCAGGAAACCGAGGUGAGUCGAGUCAGAGACGUUGAGGAGAAGCUUCAGCAGGAGCUCACUGAGCUGAAGAAGCAUCCUUCUACCAAUAUACUCACCAUCUUCCUCAUGCCGGAGUAUAAACAGAAGCUAAGGGCGGUUGCCCCGGCAACGAGGCAGGUCAGACGAUGGUCUGCCCAAUCAGAGGCCACAAUGGCGGUACAAAGACAAAGUGGAGGCAUCGCUGGGUGAUCGGGACACAAGGCGUAUGUGGCAGGGACUUCGGAAUAUCACGGACUAUAGAGGACGUUAAGAAUCAUUGGCUGCUGUGGAUCCUUCGCUAGCAGAGGAAUUGAACUCCUUUUCGCACACUUCGAGACCUCUAGCGUUGCAGCUAGCGCUAACGCGGAGGAGCCCAGCUUAAACACUGGUGAUUACCACGCAAUGUCCGUCUCAGAGCA